AGGAGCAGAAAGAGAGAGAGAAGAAAGAAAAUGAGAUGAAGAAGUUUAAGAUAACAGGUCAGGAGGAGGCUAUAUAUCAGGCUACGGUGACGGUAGCAUCUAAAGGACGUAAGAACGACCUGGCUGUGAAGAAUCGGGACAUCGUCAGCAUCAUACGGACCACAAACUGCCCCAAAGGAAAAUGGCUAGCCAGGGACAGCACUAAUACAUAUGGGUACAUCUCAGUGAGCCAGGUGGAGCUGGACAUUAAGGAGAUGUUGGAGCUGGGGAAGAAGGCUUCUCAUGCCAUCAGCCAUAAGGACAGCAGUACUCUGGUAGAACAGGGAGGAGAGGUGGCCAGUAUGGGCAGCAGGACGUCCAAUCACUACCCACUACAGGAAGAUACAGGCAGCUUCACAGACGAAAGUGAGGAGUGGAUGUGUGAUGAUGAUGAUGAAGCGCUCUCCUCCCCCAUUGAGGAAGAUCCUACAGAGAGCGGCCACAUCCAAACAAUGUCCAGGAUGGGAAGCAGAGAGCCUAGCAUCCACCACCAACACACACUCAGUGACACCACCAUAGAUGGCAUGCAGGCGAGACAUGAAGCACUUCAGAAGCUGGCCACUUUCUUCCACAAACCUGUUGUAGAGGAACCCAUCAGGAGACCUGAAGAACCUGAACCUGAAGAACUAAUCAGUCCCGUGGAUAUAGAAGAACCAGUGUACCCAUGUAAAGAGGAAGCAGAUUUGGCCUUUCCAGGCAUGGUGAUUCUUCCUCCUCCUGACCUGUAUUCAGACGACAUAAUCAAUGACGCUUAGUAGACUACCAACUACCGUAAAACAGGUAGUUGAACAGUUGGAGAGCAGAGGAAGAAUGGCAAGAUGGUAUGUCGUCAAGUGCCAGUCAUCUCCAUGACAAUCACUCAGAUAACGGAGACAUGAAGGAUCGCCGUUUGGACAACCUGCAAUCGGAUGGACUAUUUCUCUGUUAUAAUAUUGUUUAGGCCGGGAUUCAAUCCGAGCGCUCUAGUCAACAAUGCAGAUUUUGAAGGCAACGUUAGCGU